UCCCUGACCCGCCCCCCCGCUGUAAUUCCCCGUAUGUUUGAACCCUUGCCGGUGGAGUGACUGAGCUCGCGGCUCUCUGCAGGGAGCUGUAGCCGGGGACCAUGCGCUCUGUGUGGGGUUUAGUGGCCGUGGUGGCCGCCGCCACCUUCUACCUCUACCUGCUGUCCGCCUUUCUGCCGGCCGCUCCGCCUCGAGCCCUGCAGCCCGGAGCAGAGGGACAGGAGCGCGAGGAGCUCGAGGAGCGCAGGUUGCAUUUCCCGUCUGAUCUGGAUGAGCUGCGGGAGCUGGCCGAGCUGUUGAAGUUCUAUAAACGGCAGCACACAGCCUAUGUGUUGUUGCUGUACUGCAGUGCCUACCUCUACAAGCAGUCCUUCGCCAUCCCCGGCUCCUCCUUCCUGAACAUGCUGGCGGGGGCGCUGUUUGGGCCGUGGCACGGACUGUUCAUCGCCUGCGUUCUCACCACGGUGGGCUCCACAAACUGCUACCUCCUGUCCCGCACCUUCGGCAAACGCCACAUCGUACGCCUCUUCCCCGAGAAGGUGGCCAUGUUACAGAUGAAGGCAGAAGAAAACAGAAGUAGUUUGUUCUUCUUCCUGCUCUUCCUGAGGUUCUUCCCAAUGACGCCCAACUGGUUCCUGAACGUAACCUCUCCGAUUCUCAAUAUUCCCAUCCCCAUAUUCUUCUUUUCCGUCCUCAUUGGUCUGAUCCCCUACAACUUCAUCUGUGUGAGGACGGGGGCCAUCCUGUCCGAGAUUACGUCUCUGGACGAUAUUUUCUCCUGGGGCACUCUCCUGCAGCUGCUGCUGAUAGCGUGUGCAGCCUUACUGCCUGGCGCUCUGAUUCGCCGCUACAGCAAGACCCACCUCAAAUUGGACGGCCUGGAGGUCAACGGCCACCGCAACGACCUGAACGAUCGCAAGAGUAGAUGAUCCGGACCCUGCAGGCACCACAGAGCGGGGCAGGGGUUUCAAGCGCUAGUCCUUCCCAGAAGCACUGUGGGCUGUUUUUCACAUCAUCACAGUUUCCCUCUCUCCCCAAAUGUAGUAGAUCAGCCAAGACAUGCUUGGUGUCUUUCUUUGUGCACUGGAGCUGCAAGGCUAAUGUAGCUAACAAGUAACGGACAGAAAGUACGUCGCAUUGGUAGAAACAGUAGUAGCCCAUCUUCGUCCAUCAGUCGUCCUCACUCCAGUGGCUCUUAAAGACUCGAGUUUGGGACCCCCGCUGUAGCAAAUCUAGAGCACUUUUGAAGUGGUAGGUCACUAUACGGAAGGAACAGCAAUGAAUUGGAGGUCCUGCACACUACAUACAACAAUACAUACAGGCCUCUGAAGUCGUGCAUCACUCUGUAGGACCAUAAUGCCCUUGUUAGGAACUCUGGGUCUAAGCUGGUUUUCUCUAUGGGGAAAAUGAACGACACCCUGUGGGAAACUAAAAUGUUUACUGAAACCGUUUAACCGUACAAACAAUUUUCCUCCGAAUGUCACUGGAUACUCUGAAUUACAGGGUGGUUAAGGAGUCUGUUGAAGAGUUAAAAUACAGCUACUGUGCACCAAAACUGCUGCACACAUCAUAACGCUGGCAGCUUCACCAUAAUACCCCACAAAACAAGUAAGCUUCGUCAGGUGUGGUAGUUGAGUUGCGUUGGCCUUAGAUGCCUACAGUUUGAGUAGCUGGUGUUAUUAUUUAACAGUGUUGAAGUUUAAUAGUGGUCUUACUUUCAUGAGGCAUCGUGUCAGUGCGGAGGAGUGUGAUGAAUGAACGGUGAAUCAAUAUCGUGCCCUUGGAAUUAUAAGGUUCUGACGUUUUUGUCAAAAUUGAGUUAUUCACGUUCUUAUUCUGUGACUUCUGAAUAUUAUGUGAGGUGUUUUGAAGUUGUAUACAUUUUUGAACACUUUAUCUAGAAAACAAUAAGGUUCUGUCUCCAAAGUCAAACUCUAACUUAGGUCUAUAACGUUCUACCUACGAGCCAAUCAGUACUUUGAAUACACACAAAAGGACCAAUCAGGUUCUGCUUCUUUGGCAUGUCGCUGCUCGGCUCAGUGACCGCAGAAAAAGUUUAUAAAACUUUAUGAAACAUGAAAACAUGUUGCUGAAACUCUGCCUGCCUUCUUACAGUUUUUUAAAAAGUCUUGUCUUAUUAUUAUUUUUAUUAUUAUUAUUAAUUAAAUAGCGUACAUUUGAAUUGAUGGGGUCUUAAUUACAACAUAAAGAUUAAUUUCUUGAUUCAUCCCAAAAUAAGACAUUUCGGCUCAUUACAGUCACAUUUCUGAUAUAAAACAAAACCUCACACUGCCUUUAGACUGACCCGCUACGCUUAUUUGCAGGGUCAGUUUAUUACAGUAGCUGGUUUCUGUUUAACUAAAGGAAACUUAAACUAAUGGUUCCUAACUAAAACUGACCUCUGCACUGGACAAAAUAUUUAGCAGUUUUUGCUUUUUGGAAGAAGAAAAAGAUAAUUUGUCCUAAAACAAGAAACAAAUGUUAUAAAAAAAGCCAUAAAAGCAUUAAAUCUAUCUUUCUGAUUAUUUAGACACUCUGUUACAGCACCAAUUUCAUGUUUUAAAACAAAUUACGAGUAUAAACUGUUUGUGUUCCUUGAAAAUCGUUGCUUCUUUUGAUGUUUUGCCAGAUAGAACCUUAUAACUCCAUGCAGUCAGUGAGUUCUUAGGAUUAGAGGUUCUAUUAGAACGUCUCGUGUUCCACAUACCAGUUUUGCUAUUUGGAAUCCAAAUUUUGUGAAGCUCAGUAUCUCAAAACUGCUGAGAACGCAGAUAGAACCUUAGAGUUCCAAGGGGACUAAAUGUGUUAACGCAACCAGCAGAUGGCACUGUUCUAGACUUCCCCUGGCCAGGAGACGGACCACUGGACGAGGGGAAGUUUUGGUGCCUUGAUUGUAACAGUGGGGAGUGUGUUUUGGUUCCGAAGAGGAUUUUGGAGGAAUAAGAUGAAUAUCUUAAAAAAAUAGCCUGCAUUUUCACUGGAAAUCUUACUUAGUGCCACAAAUUGGUAAUGCUGCCCUUGUUCUGGACACUCGUAUGCCAAGCAGGAGAUUAGCAAUGUCUUAAACACAUACAGGCACACACACUUUGACUGCAGCAACACAGAAAAUCUCACAUCUUAUUAAUAGAUUUCAUGAUAUGGAUUAUAGAACAUACCACACUUUCAGUAUGUGACCUAUUUGUAUGGACGACAGAAUCGAGAUGUUUUAGUUUAAAACAGAUUUACACUUUUUAUGAUGUUAUUUUGCGGCUGCGCGUUUGUGUGUGUGUGUAUUUCAGUGCUGUGUGAUUUGAUGUGCCUUUUCCCUGAAUGUGCCUUUAAGCCUGAAAGCCUGUGCAUGGAAGAGCGAGGUGGACUGUGUGUCUCAGGUGUUGUUUGUUUAUACGUGUGUUUACAUGUUUUUAUAGUGCAGUAUUUAUUGAUGUUUUUUAAUGUGAUUUAUUUGUGGCUUUUGCUGCUGCUUGAGAUAAACUUGCAAAAAGUCAUGGAAUGUAUUUAUGAUUAAUUCAGGUUGAUUACACUUGGCUUUUUUGGGGAGUGUGGUAUUAUUUUAAAAGGGGCGGAAAUUAAGAAAUAACACCUAAGAUUAUGAAAGUACAGCCGUGUGCUUAAGUUUUAACACCCCUGGUCAAAUUACAUGCUUUGUUGGUUUCCUAAGU